AUGGCUUACACAGCUCCGAUUUCUCCAUCCUUAUCCAUCUUCAAAAACCCCCAACUCACCAGAUUCCAGUUCGCUUUCUCCUUCUCCCCACCAAACCCACUUCUCUCUCGCCUCACGAUUCAAAAUCUAAGGAUCCCCAUGACCAAGACGUCGUCUUCUUCUUCGUCGGCGGUGGUGAUUGCGGCCACGACGGCGGCGGAGAAGCAGAAAAAGAGGUAUCCCGGAGAAUCAAAGGGCUUUGUGGAGGAGAUGAGGUUUGUGGCGAUGAAAUUGCACACCAAGGAGCAAGCCAAGGAAGGAGAGAAAGAGACUAAAUCUCCCGAGGAACGUCCGGUGGCGAAAUGGGAACCGACGGUGGAUGGUUACUUGAGGUUUUUAGUCGACAGUAAAUUGGUUUACGACACUCUUGAAGGGAUUAUCAACGAAGCCACUUCCCCAACUUAUGCUGAAUUCAAGAACACUGGACUGGAAAGGGCGGAGAAACUGGCCAUUGAUUUGAAGUGGUUCGAGGAACAAGGUUAUGAGAUUCCAGAACCAACUGCUCCUGGUAAAACAUAUGCUCAGUAUUUAAAGGAAUUAGCAGAGAAAGAUCCUCAAGCAUUCAUCUGUCACUUCUACAACAUCUACUUUGCUCACAGCGCCGGGGGACGAAUGAUUGGGAGAAAGGUAGCAGAGAUGAUACUAGACAAGAAAGAACUCGAUUUCUACAAAUGGGACGGCGAGCUUUCUCAGUUGUUGCAGAACGUGAGGGAGAAACUGAACAAAGUUGCAGAGGAGUGGACGAGAGAAGAGAAGAAUCAUUGCUUGGAAGAGACUGAGAAAUCUUUCAAGUAUUCUGGUGAGAUACUUCGUCUCAUCUUGUCCUGA